AUUAAAAACCUUGAUACGCUUCUUGAGAAAAAACACACCAAAAUAACACACUUCUACCAAAACUUCACACUUCUUUCACGUAUACCGCCUUCUUCCACUGCUUUCAAACACCACUGAAAGAGUGAGAGAUGAAAGCUUAUGAUAUCAUUCGGCUGAAUUUCAGAAGGCUGUGUGAGGGUUGUGGGAGAGUUGAGUGAUAAUGGGGCUGGUAGUUUAACAUGCUUAAAUUUUAAAUUAAUGGCAAAACAUGGGACGCUACUUAUAAUGGUGCCCAUGUUCCUUCUGCCUGCAUAGGAAGAUUUUCUGUGUCUGCAUCUCGUCUCUGCGCCUGACAACUGAUUGACGACUACAUUAGAGCGCUAUUCAUAACAGCAUCCCAAGCUGGACGCUAGCUUUAAUCGCGCCACAUGGAAAAAAAUGCAGCUGGGCGCCAUUUUAAAUUGUAUCCCACUGUGCAUGCCAGGCAAACUCGCGCCCCAUGCCUCUACCCUGCCAAGAAUCUCUACAAGCGUCCAAAACCUUUCCACCUCAGCUUCAAUUCACCCCGUUUGCAUUCAUCUCCUGUUACUCAUCCAAGAGAGACGAAAAUGGCUCAAAACGAUCAUCCACAGUGGCCGGAUCACCUCCCAUGGAAUGUUAACCUCUUCUUAUCGGCUCUCUCCUUCUCCUUUGACGUCACCCGUCGCUCUAAUGGCACCGUCAAUCGCUUUCUCAUGAACUUUUUUGACCUCAGAACCUCUCCGUCUAAGAAACCCAUCAAUGGUGUCAAAACCACUGAUAUCACCAUUGACAAAGCUCGAAACCUUUGGUUCCGCCUCUACACCCCUACCACCACUACUGAUGAUGGAGCUGGUACUGGCUUGCCGGUUAUUUUCUUCUUCCACGGCGGUGGUUUUGCCUUCAUGGCACCCAGUUCUAAACCUUUUGAUGAAUUAUGCUACGGCCUUGCCAGGGAACUCUCCGCCAUUAUCAUCUCCGUCAACUAUCGUUUGGCUCCAGAGCAUCGUUGGCCUUCUGAAUACGAAGAUGGUUUCGAUACCUUAAAAUUCAUCGACACCACAAAUAUUGAAGGCUUUUCAGUUAAGGCCAAUCUCAAACAGUGUUUUAUUGCUGGAGAUAGCGCAGGAGGCAACGUGGUACAUCAUGUAGCACUAAAAGCAAGCGAACAUGAGUUUUCUAAUCUAAAACUUAUUGGAAACAUAUCAAUACAACCAUUUUUUGGAGGAGAAGAACGAACUGAAUCUGAGUUGAGAUUAACCCGAGCUCCAUUUGUUACUAUGGAGCGUGCAGAUUGGAUGUGGAAGGCAUUCUUGCCGCAGGGUUCAAACCGGGACCAUCCGGCGGCGAAUGUUUUUGGGCCUAAUUCAGUUGAUAUUUUAGGAGUUAACUUUCCAGCAACGAUCAUUUUUGUUGGAGGAUUUGAUCCUUUGCAGGACUGGCAAAAGAGAUACUAUGAAGGGUUGAAGAAAUAUGGAAAGGAAGCGUAUUUGGUUGAGUUUCCCAAUGCCCCACACUCAUUUUAUGCUUUUCCUGAGCUGCCUGAAUUUUUUUUGUUCAUAAAGGAAACGAAGGAUUUUAUGCAAAAGCAAUUAUCAUCUAAUAUAUGACGCAACCUUGUUUGUUUAUGGGAUUCCUUGAAGGAAAUUCUGGUUGUUGAAUUAUAAUUCUUGGGUCUUGAGCUUCGGCCACCCCGGGGGCUUAAUAGGAUUUCUUCAGAUAUUUAUGAUUUUUGCUUGAAAUUUAAAGUAGCUUACGAUCGAUCUUCCA